UCAUGUUGCCCGAUGCUUUAACUCCUAAUUUUUUUCAAAAACAUCGACAUAAAAAAAUUAAAUCUCAUUUCUUUAAUAUUUAUAAUAAUAAAAAGUUGAACAAUUUUUAUAGUUUAUUAAUUACAUAGUCACUUCAUCUCAGAAAUAAACAAUUUUAAGAUGUCAAUUGUAUCGUCGAGAGUUAGUAGUGUGUCAUCGAUAUUGAAAGGAUCUGGUGUAAGAUCCGCAUUAGUUGGUUCGCAAAAGAGAAUAUGCUUUAAAUUACCAACAAGUUUGAAAACAGUUUUAAUAAAUUAUCAAAAUGGUUGUGAUCGUCAAGCAUAUCAUGAUAUGAUUUGUAUACUUCGAGAUUCAAAUGUGAAGGACUAUGAAUUACUCGAACUUUUAAAAGAUCUUCAAGAGUGUAUGUCCCUACUGGGUCCCAUUCAUAAACUUCUAAUAGAAGUUUUACUUAAUAUAAAUUGGAUCAGUCGAUCUCCAGAAAUAAUAAUUAAUUUUAAAAAAUUUAUUGAAGACCUAAUGUGCAUGUGUAUCUAUCACUCAAAACUUGUAAUAGAUAAACUUGUUCUUCAAUUUAAAUUAAAUUACGAAGAUGCUUCCAAAUGGACAAAUGGACAAUGUCCUGAUAGCUAUCGAAACAAGAUUAGUCAUAUACACGAUUUAUUAAGAAAAUUUUUAAAAAUUAUACCAAUGUCAAGUGAUGUACUUGUACAAAGUCUCACGUCUCUCUAUCCUCAUAUUACAGAAGGGAUAAUAGUAACACAACAAUAUAUAUUUGCUUUACUUUAUAUAUUAAAUUAUGCUCCACAAUUAAGAAAAGAUAUACUUUCAUUAAUUAUACACAGAUUAGUAGCUUUGGAUGUAAGUGUUCCUCCGUCAGAAAUUCAACGAUAUGAAGAUGAGGAAAUGGAACAAGAUGAUGAAACAAUCUUCAAAUUGGAUGAUAAUACAGAAAAUAAUAGUAAGAAAUCUAGUAAUGUAGAGAUGAAACAUCCAAAUGCACAAUUAUUAGAUGUGUGUAUGGAGCAACUACUUGCAUAUGUGUAUGAAUGUUGCCAUGUCGAAUUAAACGUACAAAUUGACAUAUUAAAAAGCAUUUAUAAUGACUUAUUAUAUAUAUUUGAAAGAAUAAUCUUACCAACACAUGCAAGUCAUCAUGUUCAGUUUAUCAUGUUCUACCUUUGUAGUUUCAAACCAAUAAUAGCCGAGGCAUUUGUUAAAUGGUUGUGGUUAAAAGUAUCUAAUCCAAAUGUGGCUCCAAUUAUAAGGCAAUCGGCUGUAUUCUACAUUGCUAGUUUAUUAGCAAGAGCAAAUUAUAUAACACUUAACUUAAUUCAGGGCGUCCUGUCAGAAAUGUCAACAUGGAUUCAUAGUUAUAUCAGUUCACAAGAUAGUUUAGAAUGUGCUAAUAGUGAUGUUAGAGUACACACAGUUUUCUAUUCUGUAUGCCAAGCUAUGUUUUAUUUAUUAGCUUUUAGACAUAAGGAUAUAAUAGAUGGAAAGAGAAAUCUUUUGUUCUUGCAAGGGCUUCAUCUUACGAAAAUUGUCACAUGCAGGUUAAAUCCGUUAAGAGUUUGUCAACCAGCAGUCAUUCAAAAUUUUGCCACUGUUACGAGAAAAUAUCAGUUGGCUUAUUGUUACACAAUUAUUGAAAGAAAUUCACGUAGUAGUUUACCAGUACUUCAAAGUACAAACCGCUUCUUUAAUUUAUUAGAUACAUUUUUUCCAUUUGAUCCAUAUUUGUUAAUAUCUAGUGAUCAUAGAAUAAUGCCUAUAUAUAAUAAUAGUCAGGCCACUAUGGGCAAUACUACAGAUUCCUACACCUCAGUAAAAAAAACAGAAUGCGACGAAGACGAUUUCAUGGACGAUAAUUUCUCCCCUCCAAGUUUAGAGUCGCGUAAUUCUUUGGAUAAAUUUUCUUACAGCACUUCACCAGGUUUUAUUUGUACGUGAUUACAUGUGAUAUUUCAGAUUUUAGUAGAAAUAUUUUGAAAGUAACAAUUCAUCUAUUGCCAUAUUUCAUCUGAUUAUGUACAUAAUGGCAAAAUUUGAAUACGCAUCUAUAAAAGAGGUAAUUGUCCUGGAAUGGAGUUAAUUGUAUUGCCAUUUCUCCAGGUUCUAUUUAAAUCUCGAUCAGGAACCCCAAAUAGUACAUAACCAAAUCCAUUAAGCACAACUCUGUACUAUAAUUGGAAACAAAAUUUUUAUAAACGUCAAUCAACUUAUUCAAUGGCAUAUACCCAUGUUUUGUAAAUAAAUAUUAUCAAUUUUAUACUUCAA